AUGGUCAAAGCUACAGUCUGCGGUGCCGCCGGUGGUAUCGGCCAGCCCUUGUCCUUACUGCUCAAGCUCAACCCUCUCAUCACUGAGCUCUCUCUCUACGAUGUCGUCAACGCUGUCGGUGUCGCUGCGGACCUCUCGCACAUCGCCACCCCAGCCCAGGUCGCUGGCUUCCUCCCCGCCGACAACGGCGCGGAGAAGGCUCUCCAGGGAUCCGACAUUGUCGUCAUCCCCGCUGGUGUCCCCCGCAAGCCCGGCAUGACCCGUGAUGACCUCUUCAACGUCAACGCUGGUAUCUGCGCUACUCUCGCCGAGGCCAUCGCCAAAGCCUGCCCCAAGGCCUUCAUCCUGGUCAUCUCCAACCCCGUCAACUCGACCGUCCCCGUCUUUGCCGAGGUCCUCAAGAAGGCCGGCGUCUUUGACCCCAAGAAGCUCUUUGGUGUCACCCACCUCGACAUCGUCCGCGCUUCCACCUUUGUCGCGACCGUCGUCGGCAAGGCAGAGGACGCGUCCAAGUACUCCAUCCCCGUCAUUGGCGGUCACGCCGGUGCCACCAUUCUCCCUCUCCUCACCCAGAGCGAGCCCAAGAUCGUGAGUAUCCUCUCGGACAAGUCCAAGCGGGACGCUCUCGUCAACCGAAUCCAGUUCGGUGGUGACGAGGUCGUCAAGGCCAAGGACGGUGCCGGAUCUGCCACCCUCUCCAUGGCUCAGGCUGGUGCCGAGUUCGCCGAGUACGUCCUCCAGGCCGCGUUCGGCGGCAAGUCCAGCAAGACCGUCCAGGCCUACGUCCACCUCAGCGCCGAUGCCGGUGGUGAGCAGAUCAAGAAGGAGAUCGGCGCCGACCUCGACUACUUCUCGGUCAACAUCAAGCUCGGUGCCGGCGGUAUCGAGAAGAUUCUCCCCAUUGGCGAGAUCGACGAGCAGGAGAAGACCCUCUUGGCCGCUGCCGUCAAGGAGCUCGGCCCGUCCAUUGACAAGGGAUCCAAGUUCCAGCCCCCUCCCCCCAAGCUCUAA